GGGGUGUCAGUUGUGAUGCCUACUAAAGGGGAUAAAGAAAAAAUAUUAUGAAAGAAAGCUUCAAUACUUACAAAAUGAACUCAAACUGGAUGUAAAGAGAAGAGGUGAUGAUGAUAAGCAUGACAAGCAGCUUGUGCAUGUCAUGGUGGUGGUUCAGUUGGAAGAUGAGGGGAAGCCACCCCUGUAUGGGAUCUCCACUGCCCUAAACAACCGAAAACAAGGGAAGGAGUUCCUAAUAGAUGAUGUGGAGCCCAACAUGGUCAUGGCUUCAGGAAGCCCUCCUAACAAUCAAUCCAAGAACAGAAUCCUGGUGGUUGUCUCAAACCAGACAUACUUUCCAAAUGAACCUGAAGUUGUUUUGCGUGAAAAAGAUGCUAGUGGAAAAACAAGGUGGGAAGUGGUUUUAUCUGGAGAACAAUUGGAAAUCGUUAAAAAGGCGGUAGUCAAGUUUACUGCCCCUCCAUAUCUAGAUCGCGACAUAGAGUCUGAUGUACAAGUUGAACUGUGUCUGCGUGACAAAAAAACAAACAAAGAAACCAAGCCCUGGCCAUUCUUCUAUCUUGGAUCAGAUCUAUAUGAUGUAAGAAGGAAAGCGAAAAAGAGGAAGUUGACAGAUGAUGAUCAUUCUGGAACCCCUACUGAAUAUUCAGAGGAAAGUAAGGAAUUCAAGCGGAAGGCAGUCAGUGUGUACAAUGGGCAGUAUCAGGAAGGAGCAUACAGGUCUUAUGACACCAAUGGAGAGAGCUCCAGUUCAAGUGAAACCCAAAAUGUGUUGGUAAUUGGCAAAGAGUUGUCCUCCCCUGCCCUCACCUCCCUCCCGUUCAGCACGUACAAGCCAAUGUCCCCUCAGCCUGAAACCCAGUCCUAUCAGGAGUUACUAGGGGUAACACCCAGUUCCAGCAUGCUUGCUAGGCCACCAUCAGCUGGGUUCAACACGGCUGACAACGCUCAGACCAUCAUAAUUACCUCCGGGGCGGAAUCGAACACCUACCAGGUGUUAAAUAGUCAGCACGAUAAGUACCCGGUCCAAGCCAUGGAUGAUCAACAAGGCCAGACAGUAGUCAGUAGCGAAGCUGAUAACACGUUUACUUUUCCGCCCUUGCAACCUAAUCAGCAGCUGGCAAUAAUAAAUGGACAGUGGGUGAUCAUCAACAAUGACCUUGGGGAGGAGAUGCCAGGUCCCAGUGCAGGACCUUCACAGCCUGUUCCUGCUCCAAGCCUACCGGAGCAUCACUUCCAGAAGCCAAUGUCUGCUCCCUUGAACCAUCCUGGGAGAUCAGAGAGCCAGUCGACAAGGAGUUCUGCACCACUGCUGUCUACAGAGCAGUCCACUACUCCCUCCAUGAACAUGCUUCUCAGCAGUGGACUGCAGGCUUUGCUUAAUGCACUUACAGCUCAGCAACCUCAACAACUACAGCAGCCGCUGCAACAACAGCCACAACAAACACAGGCUCCAGCUCAGCAGCCAACUCAACAACAACCACAGACUCCAGUUCAGCAGCCAAUUCAACAACAACAGCAGCAGCCAGCGUUUUUUACCCCUGAGCAGACGCAAGCUUUCUUGCAGAAUCUGUUGACCAUGUAUCAGACUCAGCUUGCCCAGAGCAGUGCAGGGACACCAGGGAACGUGGCCAGCAUGGCUCAGUCUCAGUCCAAUGAGGGAAGCGUCAUGUCCGACUCUGAUCUAGAGACAGACGGUGCCCAUAGCCAAAAUAAUGGCCUACAGAGUCGGACUCGAAGCGGGAAAACAAUCCAGGCUGCUGGUAAACCUGUGCCUGCAACCAGAGUUACUAGGGGUAAAAAAAUGUAUGAGAACAUGUCUGGCUUUAGCAAACCUGCUGGGAGCUAAGAUGAGAGUUGAACGACUUCAUAUGAAGUAGUGAAACAAUCCUGUGAUAUUGUUAAGAUUUUUACUUGAUAUAUUAUCGUUUGUGUUGAGAAAUACUAUCAAAUGGUUUCUGAAAAGACAACUUUAAUGCUGUGGCCUUUAUGAUAAAUUACAUUUUAAUAUUAGAUAGUCAAAAGUACUACCGUGUGUAAUUGGCUUAUUCACAAUUGAAUGCCACACCUGUACAACUCCUAUCUGGUUAAGAAAGUGGCCAAAGAAAGAAAGAUUAUUGAAAAUGACUUGAGUUGGCAUAUUAUUUGAAAUUGGUUAUCAUAGAACAGGCUCUGAAUAUCAUAAUUUACUGUACUGUAAAAGUAACUUAAUCCAGUGUGCAACAGAUAUUCAGUUCUGUUCGAUAUAUCAAUAAUCAUAGGUGGACCUGGAUAACCAAAUGAUACCAACAAACUGAAUGCAAGAGUAUCACAAACUGAUUAUGUAUUUUCAACAUUAAUGAUAUUAAAGUGACCAGUUAAGUUGUUACAAAUAUCAAAGUGAUCAAUUGGGAAAGAUGACUUGUUGCCAUAUCAUAGUGAUGUUUAAAAAAAAAUACAGGUUAUAUCCUUAAAUAAAGUGUUUUGUGCAUGUCAAUGGGAAUACUAACGUACAAAAGGCAAAUCUUGUGUUUGUCAGUUACAUUUGUGCUUUCAAAUAAGAAGACUGUGUCGAAAAAAAUGAUGUGGUUAAAUUACUUAUUGUGGUGGGAUCGGUAAGUGUUGACAAUAUAGGGCAAGAUAUUUGUUGGUUACACACAAACAAUUCUGGUUUUAACCAUAAAACCAAUAGUACCAGUGAAAUUUGACAAGGAGGUACAAAGCCACAUCUCUCUCAACAGUUUGUACUGUGAGCUUUCAUGUUCAGUGCAGUUGACUGGAGGUUCAUUCACUUUGCUUUUAAAGCAGGUGAGCAUGAUCCUUUAAUCCUGUUGUAUUGUUUUAAAUGUGCUAGGAUAUGAAAUUCUAUUUGUGUCACAGGUACCAAAACAAAUGUGACAAUAUUCAGUCUUGCCUUGUGUUUUAAUAAUGAUUUUGCUGCUUGUCCUAGCAUGGAUUAAUCAGAUUUUAGGAAAUCUGGAGAAGUGCAGUUGUUUGUGGGUGUCAGACAAGCUUGGCAAAUUGAACAGUUCUCCAUUUCAUUUUCACAGUGCACCGCUUUGUUGACUCGGCAGGUCUCUGGAGAUAGGAGGCAUAGCACCUUGAGAUUGUUAGUGUUGGUCCAGUGUAAAUGUUUUUUGAGGAAGGAUCUUCAGUUACACAAACUUUACUGGGGUGGAUAAAGGACUUACAGUUACACAAACUUUACUGGAGUGGAUAAAGGACUUACAGGUACACAAACUUUACUGCGUCAGUGUUUGUUCCUUGUAAACUUUCAUUUGUAUAAAGUGCAUAUACAAGUAACAUAAAGAAUAUUUUACAUUGCAUGUCUGUUAAACCAGGAAUCACUUUUAAUAAGACUCUGCAUUCAUUUUUUUAUUAUAUAUAAAUAAUGAUAUUUAAACAAUAAUAAAUAUAAUAUAUAUUUAAGUUAUAUUUAUCAGAAUGACUGUGAACACAUAAUUGUACAUGUACAUCUUGAAAGAUGUUAAUGUUAUGGUUUGUGUUGCAGAUGUGCAUGUUUGUUUUAAUUAAUUACUAUAUUUUUCAGAAAUUGAUCAAUUCAGUUUUUGGGCAUGCUAUAAAUAUUUGUUUUUGAGCAUUUAAUUUAAAAUGUGUACACCAUGUAUAGUGUAUAUAUACACUAUAUUUACAAUGAAUAUAGGCGAUUGUGUACUUAUGUAUUUUAAAUUACGUUAAAAAAGCUGUAGUUUAUCAAACUAUGCUUUAUAAACAAUGAAUUGUAUGUUGUUAUUUGUGUUGCUUAUAUUAUUCAUAUGUGCCAUUAUUAACACAAAAGUACGUUUAAGCUUGUGAUGAUUGAUAAUAAAAUGUAUAAUUGUAACAUUUAUGAUAUUGAGGGGAUAUUGACUGGAAUGAAUACUAGUUCUUUAAAAGAUUACAGUUCAAGUUAUUGAGCUAGGGCCAAAGUUCAGACAAAUUCUUGAUGUUAAAUUAUUUUUUUGCUUUAUAUCCCACCUAAGGACUAUUUAUAUUUUUUAAUUAUUUAAGGUUUAUAUGUAAACAGAUUUCUGCUUAGGAUUAGAUAUAACAUCACAAGGUAAACCAUAAGAGAAAAUAUUUAAAAUAAUUUAAUUUUCCGGAAUGGGUCCAGGGGUUCCAUACUGUUUUGUUGAAGUCCUGUUGUUUCCAAUCAUAUUGGCCUUAUAUGUGUAAAUGCACUAUGUCUGUGUGAGUGUUUAUUUGCUAUCUUAAGAAUGUUACAAUAAAGUGAUAAUUUUAAGGUAAAUACACGUAUAACUGUAAUAUGUUUUAGCCAUUCAUUCAUUUGCAUAUACCGUAACCACCGUCAUCUAUUUGCAAGAUUCUGCAGUUUCAUUACAUUUUCCAACAUGUACACGUUCAUAUUCAUACAUUUAAUUUAUUGCUUAUUUUUAAAAUAAUUUGAUGUUUGGAAGCUGGCUUAUACUUUGAGUUGGAGCCUUUUUUGAUGUACUGGUUCUCAAAUGUGAACAAAUACGGUGAAAAAAAACUUCAUUAAUUUUGUACUGUAGAUGGGAUAUGUUUUGUUAUUUGACAAACACACUUCAUUUACUCAACCUACACAAAUAAUAGUUUGCCUCUUUGUGUUCCUUAGUUAGUUUUCUGUGUUUUAUGUGCAUCUCUAAGUAUUAGCCAGCUUGAUAAUAUUAUUUUAUAACUGUCAUUUUACAUUAAUGUGAUUGUACAUUUGAUAUCAUUAUUCAUGUCUUGGCUCAACCGGACAUCAAAUGAGCGGUGAGCCACUGGUAAAGACAACCUAUCCUGUGGUGUCUGUAGUUUAUUUGAUUGCAUUAUGGACUACAUUUUCAUCCUCCAUGUUGUUGUUGUUAUCUGAUAUUCUCAUAAAUCCUGAUUGUGAAUGUAUUUCAUUAUUAUUCAUUAUUUGCAAACCUCUCGUAAUUACAGCCCAUACUGUGGUUAUGUUCCCUAUUUCAAGAUGAUUUCCUGCUCAUUGGAUUUUUCCUUACUUAUAAUGGAAAUAAAAUUAUUUAAAAAAAAAAAGUUAUUGCCUCCAGAAAACGGAUAACAUUCCCUAUAUAGCACACCAGUUUAAGUUCAGUAAUACAGGCAUUCUUGUGCCUCUGGAUGAGAUUUUUAAAUGUGCUUUUAUCCCUUUACCACUUAGAUAUGUAUUUUAACGCAUAUGUAAGUCGGCUAGAAAGUUAAAUUUAAUUAAAACAUUUUCUCACUAUAUUCAAGUUUUAAAGGCUUUAUUUCCAACCCUUAGAUACUGAUGAGCAGCAGACAGCAUAAAACCUGAACUGACUGAGAGUUAAUGGUCAAUAAAAAAGAUCAGAGCUGUUUGUUAAAUCCAUUAUACAUUGGUCUGCAUUUCAACUUCAAGACCUGAGUUUGAGUUGAGGAUUUUGAAUGAUCAUAGUACAUUAUAAAUCUCAAAGAUCUAGAUUAUUACAUGGUUUGAGUGGAGCCUCCAAUACUGAGAUUCCAGACAGCACAACAUAUCAUCAAGUAUUGACAUACACUGAGUGCUUUGAUAUUUUUUAUUUUCUACAUCAAUACAUACAAAUAAAUACAAAACAAUUCUAAAAUACAUUCAUGCCUCGCUCUGGGAAAAAUGAGGCUUAAUGCAAGUGUGACCCUGAUUAUCAUGUGUAGUCCAAACAAGCUAAUCUGGGACAGCACUUUCCGUUUUUAUGGAAUAUUUUUUGUUUAAAGGAAGUCUCCUCUAAAAGCAACAAUCCAGUCUAGGGGGAAAGUGUUGUCCCUGCAGAGGCUGAUCUGCGAUGAAUCUUUACCCACAUGCAUUUAUCCCCAUUAUCACAGAUGACUCAUUUUCAUAUAAAAUGUACACUUAAAACUCUGUUGAAGUAAAUAAAAUAUGGACGGAAUCAGCAUCAUCACUUAAAACAAAUAACAUGGUCUAUGAUACAGAAAUGAACUGAACUAAGAUUACUUUUACUAAAUUGAAUGUGUGCAGUGCAGUAUCUGUUCACAUUAAAAAUACUAAGAUUGUACACUUAUGAAUUGAUUUCACAAAAUAUAUAUUAUGAAGUUUAUUGAUAAUUUGACAGUGAUUGUAUUGCCAAUGCAUCUGGUCCUCAAAUAGAACAUAUCUCAGAAUAUAUAUGUUUGAAUAAACUUGAAGUGAAACUU